GUCAAGUCUCAAAAAUAGUCACUAAUUGCUAAUCUCAAAUUUAGUGACUUGAGAUGAGACAGAAUUACUGAAUCCCAGAAUUAAUCCUCUAAAACGCACUGCUAUUGGAACAGACUAUUUAUUUAUCCUAUAACUUUCACCUUAUCUGUCAAGUCUGUGGCCUGGUGGAGUUCGAACCCCGCUAAAGAACGCAAAGCAAGGCGAAUUCACAUGAAUUCAGAUGAAUUCGCCUUGACUUUUGGUCGAAAUACAUAUUUACAUACAUAUGUAUGUAUGGCUUAAAUAAGUACAUAUAUCACUCCACCGUACUGAUCAAGAAAAGAGUCAACAUUUUGGCCACUGUUGCAAAAUCAUACUGGAAUCUAUUUGCAACUGUUGUAAAACUAUCGACAUUUAAACAAGUAUUUUUGAAUUGAUGCAAUGGAACAUAUAGUUGAAUUUGUUACUGCGGAGGAUGACUAUGCAUCAGAGAAUUCUUUCAAAUGGGAUAAUAAAUCUAUAAAUAUUUAUCUGAAUGCAUAUAUUGAGCGAAAGGAGCGCUUCCGGGACCCCAAAGAAAAAAAGAAACUAUUAUGGAGGGAGAUCUUACAAGUUAUGCGCGCUGCUGGGUAUGAAGUGGAAGAUGAAGAUAUACUGGAUCGUAAAAUGCGCAAUCUUAAGAAAACAUAUAAGACGGUACAGCUCAAUGCCAGCAAAAGCGGUAAAGGACGGGAAAGCAUUUCGUGGAAAUAUUUUUCAACAAUGGACGAUAUUUUCGCUUGUGAAUGGCCUCAACCAUCACCAGACUCUGAAUCCGAUAUAGCUUCCUUUUCGACAGAGCCUGGGAGAAGUGUAAAGGUUGAGCAAACUAAACGGCGAAUUGGAAUUGCCAAACCCACCAACUCCUUGAGCUUAUUGAGAAGAAAACAGCUAGCAAUAGAAAGAAAGAAACUAAAGGCCUUGGAAGAUAUGCACGAAACAAUGAAAAAGUUUCUUGAUAACCGGAAAAAAUCGCUUAUAGAGGAUGCUAGCGGUGUUUUUGGACACUAUGUUGCGGCAAAACAUCGACAAUACAGCGGCCCCGUGAAAAGUUAUUUUGAGUUUGAAAUUGCUAAAAUUAUGUUUAAUGCCGAUACAGGAGCCUUUGAUACGUAGAUACUAGUUGAAAUAAAAUAAUAUAUAAGUAAGAAUGAAUAGUUAUUAUGUAUAUACAGGCAGGUCCUGCAAUUCACUUCCAAGUGAAUAUCAAUAAAUUCGUUUUGAAUUCAAAUUGGCAGGGAUUGAAAUACACUUGGAAGUGAAUUGCCGAACCUGCCUGAUAAGCUCUAAAAAUAGGUAUAUUUAUUAGUGCUAACUCGGAACCCAACAAACAUACAUAUCACACACAGUCUUCAAAAGAGUCACAACUCGAAAUUUGGCAUUUUCGAAAUUAUGCC